CAUUUUGUGGGGUUGAACGCAUCAGGAGCAGAAAAGGGGAGGAAGAAGGCAAAAACCAAUAUUAUCAAAAUCACAACAAAAAACCCUUUCUGAGAAACAAAUCCAAGAAAUGUUGAAAUUCUUAUCAAAAGUGAAGAUCGAAUUCAACGCAUUAGACCCACGAACAGCAGCAUGUAUGGAAUUCUUGGCCCAAUGCAAUGCCCGAACCGCUAAAGAAUCAAACCCAUCUUGUCAGCUAUUGGUCAAGCGCCGCACCGAUAGCCAUCCGCCUCAGAUCUCCGUCACGUUCGUUAACGGAAUCGAAGAAGUGUUUGAUGCGACAGCCACACCUGCGCAGACCAUUAGGAAAAUGAUUCUUGAAAAAGGUCAGCAACUUGAGACUGAACAGAUGUUUCGUGAAGCCGGUGAGAAAUGGCCCGUUAUUAUCCCCGAAGACGAGCUCCACCAAUCAUUUCCUGGAACUAAGCCAAGGAAAGCAGAAGAUAAGAAGCAAUAGUUCAACUACUCUCCACUGUAACGUGGAAUCAAGUGGAUGAGUACUAACCAACAUAGCGGACGCAUGGUACUUGGGUUAUGCUUGCCGGUUCAUUAAAUUUCAAAAGGCUUUGUAUUGGUAUGAACAUAAUAUCGUUAAUUAUGAACUUAAAAUCUCUUGUUCCAACUAAGCUUCUUAGGUUGCUGUUUGUUUUAUCCUUGGUGUUUCUUAUUGGCCACUUGUUAUCAUUUUUAGUUCCAAGCCUGUAGCUAUUAUGCGAUUUGAUUGCUUGAAUUUAAAGAAAUAAAAAUAUUCAUCAAA